CUUUCACAUAAUUCAUCAAUUUGGUUAAUACUACUAACCUUUGACUCAAAUAUAUUCUUCAUAUUGGUUGCUGGUGAGGUGAAUCUUGCGGAGACACCUGUUUCCAAGGUUAUGACUAGAAAUCCAAUUUUUGUACUGUUCGACACUCUUGCUGUAGAAGCCUUGCAAAAGAUGGUGCUAGGAAAAUUCAGACAUUUGCCUAUUGUGGAGAGUGGAGAGGUCAUUGUUUUGCUUGAUAUAGCAAAGUGUUUAUACGAUGCUAUUGCCCGCAUGGAAAGAGCAGCUGAAAAAGGAAAGGCCAUUGCAGUUGCUGUUGAAGGUGUUGAAAAACAAUGGGGGGCAUCUAUUGCUGGUCCUAACACAUUCAUUGAAACACUUCGAGAUCGAAUGUUUAGGCCCUUUUUGUCUACAAUCAUUCCUGAGAAUUCAAGGAUUGCAACUGUCUCGCCAACUGACACAGUGUUAAUGGCAACAAAGAAGAUGGUUGAGUAUGGUAUGAGCUCUGUUGUUGUAGCAGUUGAAAACAAAACACGAGGAAUUUUAACGUCAAAGGAUAUCUUGAUGUGGGUAAUAGCACAAAAUCUUCCUCCAGAGUCCACUCCAGUGGAGAAGGUGAUGACCCCAAAUCCCGAAUAUGCAACAGUGGAUACACCCAUUGUUGAUGCUCUGCAUAUCAUGUAUGAUGGAAAAUUUCUACACCUUCCUGUUGUUGAUAAAGAUGGAGUAGCGGUUGCUGUUGUUGAUGUACUUCAUAUGACUCAUGCUGCUAUAGCCACAGUGGGAAGCAAUGCCGGGGUUAGUAACGAUUCGUCACCCACUAUGAUGCAAAAAUUUUGGGAUUCUGCUAUGGCAUUAUCUCCUGAUGAGGAGGAAGAUGCAAAAAGUUCUUUAAAAUUGGCUUCUGAAAGCAUUGAGAUAACAAGAUCACUUCCCUACCCUUCUUCAAUUGUGCCUAAUACCUUUACUUUCAAAAUUCAAGAUAAGAAGGGUCGAAUGCAUAGAUUCAAUUGUGAUACACGGAGUUUGACUGAUCUUGUGACUGCAAUCCUUCAGAGGGUGGGGGAUGAAAUUGACCACAACAACUUGCCUCAUAUUUUGUAUGAAGAUGAAGAUCAUGACAAUGUUGUACUUGCGUCAGAUAGUGAUCUUGCUGCAGCUGUGGACCAUGCAAGGUUAGCCGGUUGGAAGGUAUUAAAGUUGCAUUUAGAUCAUUCAGGAACACAAGGUCAUAGGAGAGGAUCACAAUCCGGAGGUGUAGAGUAUGCUCAAUCAGAUGUGUGGGCUUCAGCAUACAGUGCUUUAGCUGCAAGGGCUGCACUAAUUGCCAGAUUAAGCAUGUUAGCAUACUUGAGAAGGAAUGGUAACUGAUAAUUAUUUAUACCCUUCUUUCAGUUUAUAAAAUUGAUGUAUU